ACUUGUUAGCCGAACUCCGCACAACAAAGAAGCUCCGAGCAAAAUGCAAUCCCAACAUCUUUACACACAUUUUAACUCGGGUCUCGCCGCUUACAAGGAAGGAACAAGCGGUCAAAAUAUGGACUUUCCUUACUCGCCGUGUAGAAUGCAACAACCAACACCGACUUUUUUUGGCAAUCAUCAAAGUGCUGUUCCAAGUUACAUGACAGCGUCCUCGACUUCAGCGAGUGUUUAUAACUCGGCUAUUUCGCCAAGCCCUGACGGUACCGUAAACUUUGGACCAACCACUGUUGCUGUACAAAAUCCCCCUGGAGUGAACACAAGUGAUAACCAACAUUUGUACUACCCAACUGAGACCGGUUAUCCUCAAUAUCCUUGGAUUAAAAGCGGCGAAACUCACUGGUGGCCGACAACUGGAAUAACAGCAGGUAUCUAUGACUGUGCUCCUUUGAUUUCCUAUAAUUCCCACUUUGCUUCGUUUAAGUCUAAUCAAGUUACGUUAUUUACUCUAAUGAUAGAUAAUAUCGGAUGACCUUUUGAGAAAUGUCAAUAUUUAUUAUGCCAUCAAAUGCGAGCCCUCAUUGGGUUUACUCGCCCAUAUAACUGUGAUAUAAUUGCUCAUUCCAUCCCAUGCUUCACUUGCUCCAUCGUGGAUUGCAUGGAUCCACUAUCAGUUUAUGUAUUGUGGCCUUGUAGGGGCUCAAAUAUAAGUCGGGUAUACAUGAUAUCAGGUUGUUUUACACUAGUAGUUGCUUAAACUGUUUGUAGAAGGAUUACUUGACAAUUUCUCUUGUGGUUUAGCGCUAUAGAGCUCGUUAGCUAAGCAAGUAAAAAAUUUAUAUGCCAAAUAUUUGCCUAAGAACAUUGCCAAAAUUGGCGAGGCUUUCACAUAUUAACCCCCACUGGGUCAAAGCAGUACUAUUACUUAAGCUAAGCCUAUUGGGACUAAAUCAUGGCCUAGUAUACUCCUAAACUAACAAAAAUUUAUUUCAAACUGUUUUGGACUGCUGUUCCGGUGAUUUUAGAUUCAGACACAUACGCAUUCAAAGAUUUCAGUGCUUAACUGUACUUUUUACUCUUCCAUGCAUGCCAAGGGAAUGUGUUGAAAUCCAAGACUUUGAUCAAGUGAUGUAUAUGACUGUACGUGAGAAUUUCUUAGUAUACCGCGAGCUGCCAGCAGUUCAAGUGCAUGUAGGACCAGUUUCUUAUUAAAUUUCAUAUCCCCGAUGUUUUUAAGAAAUUAAUAUCGAAGAAUAGAAAUUGAACUUUUAUUUUGAUCUAAUUACUAAAAAGGUGUACAGAAAGUCAAAGAACAUUCGAGUUACUCAAACGGAUCUGCCCCUAUACGUUGGCAAGGCAAAAGAAAUUCGUAUUUGAAAAUCCUCGACAGAGUAAAACCGCGUCUCAAGGCCCACUUAUAUGCAAAUAAUUCAAGAUCUCAGUGCCAAGUUAUCCUUACAAAAUCGCAAUGCAAAGUCUGUAAAUUUUUCAAAGUUCACUGGGUAAAAAAUAUGAAGAUUAGUUGUAAACUGAUUGAUAUCGCUUCGUCUAGAGGAUUUCUUGUAGAUUUUCAGCGAAGCUGAAGUUCAUAAAACGCAUAAAACAUUUUGGUGAUUGGUCUCAACUUGGCCUUGGGUAGAUAAUCUUUCCAAUUUUAGUUUUUAACUUUUCUAUCUACGAGAAUAUUCAAAAUAGCGCAGAAGAGACAGUACGAGCCAACCAUUUUUAGUUCAGUGUUUCUGCAGACGAAAACCCGAGUACCUUGAAAAAAGCUGCGAUGUUUUGUAGAGUCAAAUUGAAAGCUGACUUUUCCCACAUGUAACUGAAGCGACAAACAACUGCAUAUAUAAGAAUAGAAUCUUGGUCACAUACCAGAGAUAACCAACUCCCCACAAAUCUUAUAUCUGCUGCAUGCACGUGAAUAAAGUCGUUGUGCCAACAAUAUUUUAUGUACAAUAUGUUCUAGAAUUUGGAAACAUCUGUAAGCGUAAGGGAGAGUUACGAAUUAGCAUUACGACACUUAUACUUAUUUAUAUACCUUACGGCAAGUUUUAUCCAAAAAAAGAAAAUUUUGUUACAUAACCGUCUAACCAAAAUUUAAUCAAGCAAAAAUCCGAAUCAACACUGUAAUUAAAGGAAGAAACUUCGAUUAAGCGAAGGAUUCACCAUAAAAACGAGUGUAAUUUCGUCUUUUCGUGAAUGGCGGAACUUUUUCCUAGUCUUCAAGUUCAGAUCUACAGGUGAAGACCAUAUAACAUUCAUUCAGCUAAGAGCAGAGCCAAAAUUUAAGCGAAAAGGCAAACUGACUUAACCCGGCUGGCAUUUAUAGUUUAAAUUAACAAUUCCAUGUCUAAGGCAAAAUAUAAGCAAGGAUAAGAGAAAGAAAAUUUUAUGUGAUUGUUAAAAACAGUGUCAGUGAUAUUUAUAUCCAUAUAACGUUUCACAUUUCAAAAACUAGGCCAGAAAUAGGAUUUGUUGCUUUCCGUUCACGUUACUAUGUAUACCAAUAAUUUUUAGUGUCUGGACUCCCCUGUAGGAUAUAAUUUAGCAAUAGAAUAAAAAGCGGCAUCCGUUCACUUCAAAUGUCAAAACUCUUUGUGAAAAUUGUUCUAUUGACCUUGUAUUAACUUGAAUUUCGAGGAAGGAAUGAUCAAUUCUGAUUCGCACUCAAUUCAAUCGUUGUAGCUUGCUUUAUAGUGAAGCUUCAAAACGGCUUAAGCGUAGUAUAGUUUACACUAUCAAAGACAAGUUUCUGCCGUGAACACGGUAGGAAUUUUGCAUCUGUAUAAAUUCUAUGUUUUGAAGGAUUUGUAAGAAAUGUUUGAGCAAAAACUGACUUGUGUUAAACACCGAGUCAUUUCUUACAAAUUCUUCAAAAAAUAAUUUGUACCAAUGCAAAAUUCCUCAUACUGUGACAGAAACUUUCAUAGUGUGAACUAGGCUUUACAGAUUCCACAUGAUUUAUGGAAAAAGCCUAAAGUUGGUGAAUCGAAUUGGAUCGAUCUUCAGUAGUUCACAUAAAAUAUCUGUUAUACUUGCUUCAAAACAAUUGACAGUAAUUUUAGAUGGUAUGCACUGAUUUAUCGGGUUCAUAUAUAGUGUUUCCCUUGUCCAGUGUGUAUCGAGUUAACCCAUGGCAUGGAGUUGACCAACAACCAUCAAAUAACACGUGAUCCACGCGUGCAGGCCCAAACACGAUUUCUCGCCCCAACGGUUAUAACAUUCACCUAUCCAAACCCAAGGGCCAAGCCAAGGGCAGAGACAGGGUCAUCAUGAAACAAUAUGGAACGUUUUUCCAGGAUUAUGACAAUGAAAGAAAAUGAAACUAUAGAUUUUUUAAAGAACGAGUUGAACACUGCUCACUUUUGUUUGCACAAGCCAAUCAAACAUGUUCACUUUGGCUUCACAUUUACUGCACGCGGUUAAGGAAUAGUUCCAGUUUUAACAUGCCGGAACAUAUGAUAAAAUAGUGGUCAAAGGAAUAUUACAAUUGCUUGAGGGGGCUCAAUAUUAUUGUACCUAAUUGGUGUUUACAAAAUUAACAUUCCUUCUGUGUUUUUUGUUUUUAGUAACGCCAGCUAGCGUGUGGAGCUCUCGGCCAACGGAAGGAAAGAGAAAAAGGACAGCUUACACUCGGAAACAACUUCUAGAACUUGAGAAAGAAUUCCACUUCAAUCAUUUCUUAACAAAAGAACGCCGUGCCGAGCUCGCCGCGCAGCUCAACCUCACGGAAAGACAAGUGAAAAUUUGGUUCCAAAAUCGACGCAUGAAACACAAGAAAUGUUCCGGGGGUGCUUCUGCCGGCACCAAAGUCAAAUCCCCGGGCAGUAACGGAGACCCGCUAGCACCAACCAAGCCACUAUCACCACCACAUAAUAAUUCAUUACAGAAUAAUGAAUCAAUACUGAAAACACCUAUCGCGACGCUACCGAGCCUGCCACCGCUAUCCAGCAAUAUCACUCCAGUUAUUACGAACGGUACUAGCUCAGUUUUUCGUAUGUAAUACAGAUAUUAACCCUGUGACAGUAAUAGUUAUCACCCGCUCUUAGGAACCUUUAUGGCCAAACAAAUCUGGUUUGUAUAAAUAAUUUGUACCCAUCGGUUAUAAAAAAUCCAAAGUUUAAUUAGGCUAUAUUGUUAAAUGAUCCUAUUGAAAAUAUGUAAUCCGGAUAUUUUCUAAAGAUUCUAGUAGCCAUAAAGUUUGCUCUUGAGGUUCCUAAUGGCCGUUAAUUGUUGUGUUCCAAGUAAUUAUUUGUUCCUGUGUAAGAGCUGGACUCUUUACAUAUAGGCAAGGCAAAAUAAGAAUGUCUAUAAGUCUGUAAAUAUCAUCAAAUAUUCAGUCCAAUAAACACUGUCGUCUGGUCUUGAAAACUAUAAAGACUUUGAACACGAAUCAGCGAAGUCGAGCACCAUUUUACUGCACUUAAUUUUGCACCCGCACCGGCUUCACCAAAACUCCUCAUUGUAAAAUAUUAUUUUAAUAUUAUUUAUUGCAAAUAUUGUGUUGAUUUAUAUAAGAACUGAACCAUGUGUUUAUAUUCCUUAAUUUUUUUUAACUCUCGAAAAGUUGUGUUGGUCUGAUUGCUCAGAUUUGUUGAAG